AUGGCUAAUGAGAGAGAAGAAUUUUUAUCUUGUUCAAAUGGUAAUAAUAAACAUAUUGAAUUAAUUAAAAAAAGUUCAUUACAUUGGGAAAUAAUAUUAAAUCGUCCAGAUAAAUAUAAUGCAAUAACAACUGAUAUGAUUGAAUAUUUAACAGAUAUAUUUAAUAAAGCAGCAAAAGAUAAUGAUUUAGUUCUUAUUUCAAUCACUGGUAAAGGAAAAUAUUAUUCAUCAGGAGCUGAUUUAACUAAUUCAGUUAAUUUAUUUAAUUCGUCAACAACAGAUAUUGAAACAAUAAUGGAAAAAGGAAAAAAUCGUUUAAAAAAUUUCAUUGAAAGUUUAAUAAAUUUUCCAAAAAUUCUAAUUGGAUUUAUAAAUGGACCAGCAAUUGGUAUAUCAGUAUCAAUAUUAGCUUUAUUUGAUGGAGUUUAUGCAUCAUCAUCUUCAACAUUUUCAUUACCAUUUACACGUACAGGACAAACAGCUGAAGGUUGUUCAUCUUUUUUAUUUCCACAUAUAAUGGGUCCAAUUCAUGCCAAAGAAAUACUUUUAUUUGAUCGUCAAUUAACAGCUGAACAAGCUCAACAAAAAGGUUUAGUUACACGAGUUAUUCAAGAUAAUUUAUUUGAACAAGAAAAAGACAAAAUUUGUCAAUUUAUUUUAUCUUUACCUAAACAAAGUUUAUUAACAACAAAAUCAUUAAUACAAACAUGGAAUAUUCAAACACUUAAAAUUGUUAAUCAACAAGAAGUUAAUGCUUUAAAAAAACAAUGGUCAAAUGAAGAAUUUCCACAAGCGAUUUUAAAUUUUAUCAAUAGAAGAAAUAAAUCAAAUUUGUGA